AUGAUGGUCUCCGAAGAGGAGCAAGUGGCAGCGGCACGGGAGCCCAAGCCGAAGGGAAGAUACAACAUUGACCACCGAGCUUUGCUUUUCGGGUCGCGGUUCGGCCGCAGUGAUGCCGUGAAUGCGAAGGGCCAGGCUGCGGCUGUUGCCUAUGCAGCUGCCGAGCAGGAGGAGCUCCAGUUGCACAACGAGGAGCUGGCCGAAAGGCUCUCCAGCAAAGUGGAUGAGCUGAGAGACAUCAGCUUGAGCAUUGCCGAGGAGACCAAGGACUCCGUGAGGCAAGCUGACGACAUGAACAGGCAGUUCGACCGCGCUGGAGGUUGGCUGACGCAAGCCAACGCCAAGCUGCAGGUGAUUGCAAAGAACCCUGGAAGUCGCCACAUGUGCACGAUGGUGCUGUUCUCGCUGGCCCUUGUCCUGCUGCUCUACAUCCUCGGCGCGGCCGGGACCAAAGGCUCGGUCUUUCUGGCGCCAAAGAGUCCUUAA